AGUCUACCCGCCAUAUAUUUUCGUUCCAUCAGUUCCAUCGUCCCAACCCACUCCCGCUGGUCAAAUCCAUUCUCACCAUUGAGCCCCUUGAAUUUGCAACAACUGGGGGCCGCAUCCACCUUGCCCCUCUUCUGCAAUUUCUCUCCCCAACAUCUCGGAGCCUGUCGCAUCCCUGAUCUCCCCUCUCUUGCUCUUCCGAACGAAAAUUCUUCGUGGGUCUUCCUGCUGUUUGUCGCAACCCGCCGCCUCCGACACGCUUGCAUCCUCUUUGUACGCCUUCCUUGGCCACCCUUAUUUUUCGGCCGCAGCCUACAACGCAUAUCUGCUACGUCGAUAAAAACCUCCAGCUGUAACUUGCAUCACCAAUCGUUUCUUCGAAUACUGUUUUGCUUCGCUACACGCGACUUGGCUCUUCCAUGGAGUCUGCCGUGAUAGCUUCCGAUAACCUGACCACCACCCCCGAAUCCUCUGUCGGCCCGGCUACCCCUGUCGCUAUUUUCUCACCGACCACUUCACCAUCGCCCUCGACAAGCUCGCAGAAGAGGAAGCGUGGGGAGGACGAAAGCAGUCGUUCAUCCACAACUGCCCCUCCCCGUGCUCGUACGGCGUCCCUCGCGUUUGGUGCUUCGAAUAUGUGGGGAUUUGGAUACAUUAGCAGCAUCUGGAAAGCUGUCGUUGACUGGAGUUGUAUGAUGCGCCCGCUCAAGUUUGCUUUCCUCAUUGAGCAUUUUUACUGAUAACGCUGAUUUGGGACAGUCAUUCGGCGACCCGAGGAGACGAUAGAAAUAGUGGGAGCCGCAGGAGCGGCGCAAACAGUGGAAACAACAGAACCAGAUUACAUGAUAGGUGGAAGGCCUGGAUCGAAGCGGCCCAAAUUAACUGAAGCCGAAAAUUUGUCCCGCUCUUGUACCCACCCCUAGUAACCUGUCUGGGUCGCGCUUUGGGCUUCAGCUUACUGAUCUACCUCUUGAAAACUUAGCUAACGACGAAAUCGCACCCAUUCCCAAUGUUGUCCACUCUCGGGCUUCCGGAAAAGAAUACGGACGCUCUCAGGGCGGCGCCAUCCGGGAUGGGCUAAAGGUAAAAGCGCCCGCGCCGAAUGCCAGCGAAAGUACCAUUACGACUCAGCAAUUACCUUCACCACAGGCGUCGGCUUCUGGGGACGAGCAUUUCCCCAAUCUGCCUCGAGUGCCGGCGCCGAAGGCCUUUUCCGGUUCCGAAAGGGUUCGACUCGAUUGUCCGAUAGUGAAAAGAGAGGAGCCUUUUUUUGCAGUUCCGAUAAAUAAACCUUUGCGGAUAAGGUCUGUUUUACGGGGUGCGGUGCGCCGGAGGGACCAGAAGUUUGCUACCCGCCUGGCUCAGGCUGGUUUCCUGUCGCCCAGUACCGGCCUGACACCAAGGUUCCCCGGACAUAUGACAAAUAAGCUCGGUUUGUCGCAUAGAGUGUCAUGGAAGUCUCACUUGAGCCCAAGAGCUCAGUCAAUUUUGCAGACUCCAUCGAUUGACAGGCGGUUACCGAAUGAUCAAUUGCGGCGAUCUGCUAGACUAGCAUCUAUUAACGGACAAGUAAGCUCUAGCCGAGUGCAAAAACCUGAAUCCAAGGAUGAAAAGGAAAAAAGGAGGAAACAAGAAGCGGUAAGUGGUGACUAUUUAUGGGGGCUUGGUUUGCUAUGCUCACAACAUGCAGCUUCGUAGAUCUCAAAUGAAGGCCCAUAUCGAGUCCGAACCGCUCGACGUCUUGUUGGAACAACUUCGGGCGAGAGGCGAACAUGGAUUUCUGAAUCUAAAGGAAGUGGAACGGAAGCGCAGAGAACGGGAGAUCGAGAUUCAGAGGUUGAGAGCUGAAGAUGUAAAUGCCCUCCUCUCCACUUCUCUCCGCUUCUCCCCCGGGGCCCUUUCAAAGCUGACAGGAAUGAAACAACAGGCACGAAACAAAAUCAAGAAGGAAGUAAUACCGCCGCUUGGUCCAGUCCGGAGAGAGAAAGCCGAAAGAACCUUUGCAGAGGUUAGCCGACCAGGCCUCAACAAGACCUACAUCACAAAAUGGAAUAUCCCGAUCACGAACCGUGACUUCGAACGUCUCAAGCCGAACCAAUGGUUAAAUGAUGAGAUCAUAAAUUUCUACAUGAACCUCAUCUGCGAGAGGACCAAUAGCUCGUUCCCAAAUGGGCCCAAGAAGGUCUUCGCGCACAACACCUAUUUCUGGCCAAAACUCAAGGAUGGCGGUCACAAAGCAGUUGCAAGAUGGGCAAGACGUGCCAAGUGUGGGGGCGAGGAUCUCUUGAAGUUGGACUACCUGCUGAUGCCGGCCCAUGUUGGGGGCAACCACUGGUGUCUCGCUGUGGUAAACUUUAAGCAAAAACGGUUCGAAUACUACGAUUCCUUGGGAGGGAAAUUCACACCGGAAUCUAGGCCUGCCCCGUAUAAGGUGAGCUUAUUCCCUAGCCACACACCCGGUGUCGAUCUUUAUUUGCUAAUUGCCCGUCAGAUGAUGAGGGGGUACAUGCGUGAUGAAACCGGAGGGAAAUUUAAUGAUACUGACUGGGUCGACUACGCAAUGCCGGGCGCUCCUCAGCAACGCAACAUGAACGACUGCGGAGUGUUUGCGCUCAAGUCUGCUGAGGUGCUCACUAGAAGCGGUAGACUUGACUUUACGGCGAGCGACAUCCCGUUGGUUAGGUCGAGAAUGUUGGUAGAGAUAUUGGAAGGGCAGCUAUUACCGCCGGGCAAUCCUUGA